AUGAUUGCUACUUUCAAAAAAGUUUUAAGUCGGGUAAAUUCUCGAACUUGGCUCGGCAAAUUCUUUGAACCUGUUUCAUCAAGAUCUCCCAACCCACACCAGGCAACAGAAGAGGCAGACUUCUAUUCUGCUGGAGGCUUCCAUUCCGUUUCACUUGGAGAUACUUUCAACUCUGGCGCAUACAAAGUGAUGAGGAAACUAGGCUACGGUCAAUAUUCUACCGUUUGGUUAGCUAGGGAUUCCAAGGCCCAGAGGUAUGUAGCCCUGAAAAUACUAAGAGCCGAUUGCUACGGUGGCUCGCACGACAUCUUCGAGCGAGAAAUUCUCUCUCGAUUAUCCAAAUUUGCUGGGAAAAGCAACCAUGGAGGCCGACACUACGUGUUACCCCUUCUGGAUCAAUUCGGACACGAAGGGCCAAAUGGACAACACGUAUGCUUUGUGUUCAACGUGUUGAGCCACCAUUUGGAUUUUCAAACCGCAAAAUUCGAAGAUGGGAGAUUGCCUCUCAAGGCAGUGAGAACUAUAGCGCGACGGCUUCUACUAGGGUUGGAUUUUCUCCAUAGGGAAUGUGGAAUCAUUCAUACGCGUACUGCGAUUUGCCUCCUUUUCACAAUAACGGCGCUAAUGUUGGUCGAUAUAUAG